GGGUUGUGGUGAAGGCGUUCACUUUCAUGUCUGUGGGAGCGGUAGUCGCAGACAGACAGACACACACAGAGGGAUUGCCGUGACUUUGCAACGUUGAAGCUGGAGCGGCCGCCUACUCGCUGUUUGUCCCCGUGUGUGUUGGUGUGUGGUUGCAGGCAGCCCGUAUCCCUCUGCACACCAAUGCCGGGCCCCCGGGAGGAGCAGAGACAGAGGCUGGAGCAGAGGCAGCAGCUACAGGGGCUGGAGCAGAGACUGGGGCUGGAGCAGAGGCAGCAGCUACUGGGGCUGGAGCAGAGGCAGCAGCUACAGGGGCUGGGGCUGCAGCAGCUACAGCAGCAGCAGCGGCGGCGGCGGCUACACGGACAGCGGGCCAUGCCAGCCAGCGGCUACUCCAUCAACCUGACCGUACAGCAAGUCCUCAGCCUGUGGGCGCACGGAACCCUGCAGCACUUCACCGAGAUGUGGUACUGGGUCUUCCUCUGGGCGCUCUUCUCCUCGCUCUUCCUGCACGGAGCCGUUGGCCUCCUGAUGUUCGUCAUGCUCCAGAGGCACAAGCAGGGCAGAGUCAUCUCAGUGGCGGCCGUGGUGGUGGGCUUCCUAGCGUCCAUCACCGGAGGAAUGAUCACAAGCGCGGCGGUGGCUGGAGUGUACCGAGUGGCUGGGAAGACCAUGGUGCCUCUCGAAGCUCUGGUCUUUGGGGCCGGACAGACUGUACUCACCGUGGUCAUCUCGUUCUCCCGGAUCCUCGCCACCCUAUAAGGGCCGAGCCCCCCCCCCCCCCCCCCGACGACCCGGCAAGCAUCUCUCCUCGACGCGGGGAGAAAACGAGAAGCGCGAAAGACCAAAGUUUAUUUUUGACGGGGCGAUGAGAGGGCGCGAAGGGGGAAGGCGGGCGGAGGAAGCGGCAGCUGCUGUUUAAUGUGCCCGCCCGCGCAUGCGCGCCCUCUGCCUACGUGGAUGGCGUGAAGAUUACUAACAAGCCUGUGAAGCCUCGGCGAGAAAUAACCCUGUCCAGUCACCAAUCGCACUGAACAAUAGCGGUGACUGAUACACACUGGUGUGACUGCACUCUGAUGCAAACCCUGCAGGGAUAACGAUAGCAUUGUGCCAAACACGGACUUUUUUUAAUACGUUAUUAUUUUUUGUUGCAAAUGUGAACUGUGCCCUGUGUGUUGAGGCAAAGAUUCAACUCUUCUGUGAGUAGGGGAGAGGGGAGGGUUAUUUACAAGUACAUAUUCAUCAGAUCUCAAGCCUUGCAUACCAUCCCUGUUCUGCUACUUCUCCAACAUCUCAACGUGUGUGUGUGUGUGUGUGUAUAUAGUGUCGGAAGGAACCGCAGAUGCUGAUUUACGGACACAAAGUGCUGGAGUAACUCGGCGGGUCACGCAGCGUCUCUUUAGAGAAGGAAUGGGUGACGCUUCGGGGUCGAGACCCUUCUUCAGACUGAGAGUCGGGGGAGAGGGAUGAAAAGGUUCCGAACAAAGCCCACGGCCAACAAUGAACCAUUGUGUUUGUUCACCGUUGUGUGAUCACCGUUGCUUUUUUUUUUUGCAUAUUUCCCAUUCUUUCGUACUGUAUCUCUGUCUAAGUCUCUCGUUUCCCUUUCCCCCCAAUGACUCUCAGUCUGAAGAAGGGUCUCGACCGGAAACGUCACCCGUUCCUUCUCUCCGGAGAUGCUGCCCGUCCCGCUGAAUUACUCCGACAUUUUGUGUAUAGUGUAUAGUAUUUGUUACAUUGGUGACUAAAAAUCGCAGGUGAAUUAA